AUGCCACCAACAUUGAUUUCACCUUCGGAAAAUGAUUAUAUUCUUCGGGGAGUUGAUGCUAAUGUCCGUGCGGACGGCAGGGGACGUCUUGAUUAUCGUCAAGUAAUAUUGGAAACCGGUCUUAUAACGCAGGCUAGUGGAAGUGCUCGUUGUAGACUGGGAGAAGGAACUGACGUAUUAGUUGGUGUUAAAGUUGAACUUGGUGCAAUAGAAUUAGACGGUGUCGAAGAAGAUGUUGCCGAGAUAAAGGCUAAAAGGGGAAGGGUUAUCUGUAAUGUCGAAUGUUCUCCAAUUGCUUCACAACAGUUUGCAGGUCGAGGAGCUGACGAUUUCAAUAAUGAGCUCACGCAAAUGUUGGAUCGUGUGUUGAAUGGUCCACAAAGUGGUUUGGAUCUUGAAAAACUAUGUAUCAUCCCCGGACAGCAAUGUUGGAUUGUCUAUAUUGAUGCCAUAGUUUUCGACUAUGCCGGGAAUUUAUUAGACACAAUAUUUAUGACCACGCGAGCCGCACUUUAUAAUACAAAAGUACCAAAAACAAUUAUACAGGAUAGUGGCGAUGGAGAAAUAAUAUUCGAUAUAUCAGAUGACGUCGAAGGAUGGGAGAGAAUUGAAGGCUGGGAUAAGGUUCCAGUCGCCAUCACUUUGAAUAAGAUCGGAUCACGUCAUAUUGUUGAUGCUACUCCAUUAGAAGAGCUUACGACAGAAGCUAAACUGCUUGUAACAGUGAACAAGGAUGGUAAAGUUUGUGGACUUCAGAAGAGUGGAAGCGGAAGCAUAGAUCCAAGUCUAUUAAAUGAAAUGGUGCAGACAGGACGAUCAUUAGGUCAAAGCUUGAUAAAAAGUUUGGACGAAAUGGUCCGACGAGAAGAAAACGAUAUUAAUUUAAAGCAAUCGCGAAGAGAACGCGUUGAAAAACUUGGAUUUUUUGCUGCGACAUAG